AUGUCGUCUGACGAAGUAUACCGAUCCACAGGUCGAGGAGGAGCCGGUAACAUUGCCCCUGUCAAGUCCUUCGAGCAGCCCGGAAUCGUUGAGCUCAACCCCGGUGAAGGCACUCCCUACAUCAGCCAGGAGGUCUACACCACCGGUCGAGGAGGCGCUGGAAACAUGCAGCGAAACGACAACCCCGAGUUGACGCGAAAACUCCAGGACGUGGAACAUCACGACGAGGAGCAGGCGCAGUUCGGCGACAACGAUCUGUCUACAGUCAUGUCGUUUGGCCGAGGCGGCUACGGCAAUAUUGAGGCUGCCCGAAAGGCAGAGAACAAGAAGAAGUCGCUGUUCCAACGAGCCAAGGACGCUUUCAGUCACCACUCUUGA